AUGUUUGCUCACUACAGUGAUAGAACAAGACCUGUCUUUAAUCAGUCAGAGAUUGUUGUAGCUAAACUGUCAGUAAAGACGAGGCACAUUCUCGACCUGGAGGAGGUUCUACAGCAAAUCUCUCUACUUGCUACUCUCAGUGUGGAGUGGAGAGACAAUUUCCUUGUAUGGAACGCAUCAGAAUAUGGCGGGAUUUCCCGACUUCAUGCGAAUGCAAACGAAGUUUGGUUGCCAAAAUUGUACCUCGUAGAUGGCUUGCCAAACGACCAGACAACAGACAUAGAAUCUGGGUUUUCCUGCAGCGUUGAUUCUACGGGGCAUCUGAGAGUGAGUUUCUGUCCCGUAAGUAUUUCUAAGUUCCCUUUCGACGUUCAGGUUUGUCAUCUGGAUUUUCUACCAAGAAACUACCCGACUGACGAAUUCGAUCUAACUUUUGACCACAACGAUCGCAAUCCUCUAUCAGUGAAACUCAAGCAUGGAGAAUGGGAUCUCGUGUCGGCUAAAUAUGACAAACGUAUUGCAAGUCAUACAUCGGAAGUCGUGCGACAAAGACUCCGCCUUCCCUUGAUCUUGGGACGUAUGCCGUUGUUCUCCAUGCUGAACAUCAUUAUCCCCAUUAACGUCAUCUCCUUCCUCAACGUCCUCGUCUUCAUAAUUCCCCCGAGCACAGGUGAGAAGCUGUCGGUGUCGGUGACAGGGCUCCUGGCUCCAGCUGUGUUUCUAAGUUACAUCAGUUCUCUCAUUCCCAACUCCUCCGAGGACCCAUCCCUCCUUCUCAUCUACAUCUCAAUCCUCCCUCGUCUUCAGAAGUCUCUCCAUACUCGGCUCCGUUGUCGUCACUAA